AUGAUUGUGAGGAUUAAAUAUGUUAAUUUGAGUGAAAAAGAUAAUAAUCUAAGAGCUGUAUGGGCUAUUGGUGGUUAUCCGAUUGAAUGUGAGAGUAGUGAAGUUAAGUUGGUAUUAUUUGUACCUAUAAAUCUUGAUGAAUGCAAUCCAGAAACACAGGCUAUUUUUGAAAAGGAUUAUUUUUAUUCAAUGAUUGUUUCUAUUUCAACUCGUUUAUCUAUUCUUAAUAAAGUUGAUAAUUCGAAUAAAUGUCCAUUGAAGACUUCUUUAGUAGGAGUUUCUCAAGAGUUGCCGCAAGUUGUAGAAAAUGACGAUACUUCAAUUUUUAAGUUGUUGAUAAGUGAUUAUAUUGGGCAGGAACAUAGUUUUAUUGUUAAAGUUGUUUUUCAACGUUUUAAUCCACGGUUUGUUAAUCUAAAAAUUCGACCACAAAAUUCACUUAUUUUUCAAAAUAUUUUUGAUAAUGUUGGUUCAGAUAAUUUAUCUGAAGUGACUAAUUCUACUUGUGCUAAACUUCUUUCUACUCAUCAGA